AACCUGUCUUUCCCCUACACUUUUUUGCCCUGUUUCUAUUCUAGCAAUUGGCCCAUAUAACCCCUCCACCGCAGCGCCAACAAGCUUCAGUUUUCCACUGUGGCGAUUUCUAUGAACCCUUGAACACUCAACCCAAACUUUUUGAAUAACCACCUUGAUCUGAACACAACUCUCUGAGAAGGGAUCCUCGUUUUUAUUGUUUCCCACAAUUCGAUAAGCGACCAUGUCACUCUGGGGUGUACUUGGUAAAAGAGUGUUGGCGGAAUCGGCAAGGAACCAUUUUGGCCAAGAGGACCCGUACUUCGAAGAGGUCCCGGCUUCACGCUUGAACCGCGCAAUCGGAAAAAAGACUCAGAAGCGACGAAAGGCCGCCCCGCCUGGACUGUCGGACAAUGACGCUAAAGUCCUCACGCAGGUCAAGCGCAGAGCAUACAGGCUGGAUUAUUGCCUUUUCAAUUUGUGUGGAAUCCAAUUCGGUUGGAGCAGUGUAAUCGCACUGAUUCCUGUCAUCGGAGAUAUAGUCGAUACCCUGUUCGCCUUGAUGGUUGUGAAGUCUUGCGGCAAUAUUGAUGGAGGUUUACCGAGCUCCCUUCACGCGAAGAUGAUAUCCAACGUUAUUAUCGACUUCGUCAUCGGCCUUGUUCCAUUUGUGGGAGACCUUGCAGACGCGAUGUACAAGUGCAACUCGCGUAACGCCGUCAUUCUGGAAAAGCAUCUGCGGCAGAAGGGAAAGAAGAAUGCCAAGAACCAGAGGGGUCAACAAGAUAUGAGUCUGCCCGAAGAAUGGGACAAAUACGAUAAUGGCACAACGGGUGAUCACCCAAACCGUGGAGACCAGGAGUACGGCACCGUUGAAACUCCUGCUGAACCUCAACGAGCGAGACAUCCGCAGAGGAGUCGCUCGCAAGGCCGCUGGUUUGGUGGAUCUAAAAACAGGGAAGGCGAUAUCGAGCAUGGUGCUGCUUGAAUGGCAAAGAACUUGUCAUGAAUUGAAUUUUUAUCCUUCCAAACCAAACACAUGGCAAUAGUCAUGCUUUUGACGGCUUUUCGCAACUCAUUCACUUCAGUUAACUUGUAGGAGUAGAUUAUGUGUAGCCUUUUCACAUAAAUCUCGUCCGUGCCAUGUUCUAGCCACAAAACUCUUGCUUUUGGGGAGAUGAAGACGUUCUUGGCAUUUUCACUCGAAGACUACCCACCAAUGAAGACGCCGAAUCUCUUCCUUGGAGGUUCAAAUAGAAACGAACCUGAGCGGACCGUUUCGAGUAAAUGCUGCCUACCUUGUCGAACAGGUCCCUAUCAUCGCGUCAGAAAUUGAAAUCCGGGUCCA